GAAGAAUGGCAGUUUCUCUCAACUCUCUUUUGGUCAGCCCUCUCUUCAAUAUAAUGAGAAAGGUAUGAAGAUUCACAAUGAAGAAAAAACAUGUUCUUAUCAUGAAUGUAGUAAGUCAUUCUCAAGGAAAAGUUGUCUUCAGAACCACAGAAGAAGCCACACAGGAGAAAAAUCAUAUUGUUGUCACGAAUGUGGGAAGCAUUUCUCAAAGAUCAAGAAUUUUAACAAACACAAAAAAAUUCACUCUGGAGUGCAGAAACCCCAUUGCUGUAAAGAAUGUGGCAAACGAUUCUCAAUGAGAUGCCUUCUUGAGUACCACAGAAGAAUCCACACAGGAGAAAAACCUCAUUGCUGUCCAGAAUGUGGUAAGUCGUUCUCAAUGAUAAGCUAUCUUCAGAUACACAGAAGAAUCCACACAGGAGAAAAAACUCAUUGCUGUCCAGAAUGUGGUAAGUCAUUCUCAACAAGUAGCCAACUUCAGAGGCACAGAAGAACCCACACAGGAGAAAAACCUCAUUGUUGUCCAGAAUGUGGUAAGUCGUUCUCCUGUAGAAGCCAUCUUCAGAGUCACAGAAGAAUCCACACAGGAGAAAAAUCUCAUUGCUGUUCAGAGUGUGGUACGUCGUUCUCAAGGAGAAGCCAUCUUCAGAGGCACAGAAGAAUCCACACAGGAGAAAAACCUCAUUGUUGUCCAGAAUGUGGUAAGUCAUUUUCAUGUAAAAGCUAUCUUCAGAAUCACAGAAGAAUCCACACAGGAGAAAAACCUUAUUGUUGUCCAAAUUGUGGCAAACAAUUUUCUAGCAAACGCAGUUCUCAAAGACUAACAGUCAAGCUGGUUACUGCUCAUGGUUUCCACGACAGACUUGACCCAUUGAGUCAGGAAUAUAACCAGACUAUCAGAGUGAAGAAUCUCGCCCUCCCACUUAGCGGUGCUUUCCCCGAAUAUUUCCUUUUUGUAUAA